CUUCAGUCCUUCUUCUUCAGGUGCGUUUAGCUUCUGCUCCAUCCGAUUCAACUAUUUUCUUCUCAGAAAGUUGCGUUCUUCUUUGUUAGUAAGUGAUUGAACUAGGUAUUGUGUCUCGCUCUCUCGAUUUUCUUGCUGUUAGGGUCGUGUAGUCAGAUUCUUAAGCGAUGUCGCUUUUUUGUUAAACUCUUCAAUUUACACUGUGUAUAGUUUCGGUGUUUCUCUUUGCGUAGAUAUUGAUUACCUUCUGGGAAUUACUUCUCUCGUAUUGAAUUAUAUGGCCCAAUUUCGAAAGCUUUUGUUUUUACAAUCUUCUCAGGAACACUUAGCUGAAUCUAUACAACACAAGUGUUACAGAGUUUAUAUACAUGGAUCGAAGACAGCACGAUUAUGCUGCUUCUUCUGGGUUACCUUAUGCUCAGCAACAGCAGCAACAAGGUCCUAACUUUCAACAGCAACAACAACCACAAUUCGGAUUUCAUCCGCAACAUCCUCAGUAUCCAUCACCAAUGAAUGCUUCUGGUUUCAUUCCUCCUCAUCCUUCUAUGCAGCAGUUCCCUUACCAGCAUCCUAUGCAUCAGCAGCAGCAACCGCAGCAUCUUCCUCAUCCUCCUCACCCACAGAUGUUUGGUCAACAGCAACCUCAGGCUUUCCUUCCUCACUUACCUCCACAUCACCUUCCUCCGCCAUUCCCUGGACCGUAUGAUUCUGCUCCUCCUCCUCCUCCUCCAGCUGAUCCAGAGCUGCAGAAACGGAUUGAUAAGCUUGUUGAGUAUUCGGUUAAGAACGGUCCUGAGUUUGAGGCUAUGAUGCGAGAUAGACAGAAGGAUAAUCCUGAUUAUGCGUUUCUGUUUGGGGGUGAAGGUCAUGGUUAUUACCGCUAUAAGCACUUUCUCUCUAUGCAUCCCCCUGGAGGACCCUUUGAUCCUCCAUUCCCGUCAUCUUCAAUGCCUAUGAUACAUCAUCCGCCAAAUCCCAUGAUGAGUCCUUCAAUGAACAAUGUACCUGGUGCAUUGGCUGUGCCACCAAUCCGCCAACCUCCUUUCCCACCAUUCCAUGACCACCACCAGCUCCAACAGCAUCUUCCGCAGCCUCAUCCUUUUGCGCCCCAUGCUCGUCCUGAUUUUGAUCAGUCAACUCAUGCGUUCCGAGGUCUUUCUGGUCCACUCCCUGCUGAUGUUGCAAUGGAACUAAAUGGUGUCUUGGGCAACCUUAAUGGCACGAAAGAGUCUAUUAAAAGUGCUAAGAUUUGGUUCAUGCAGAGAUCUCCCUUUGCACCAGCUUUAGCAGAGGCACUUAGAGACAGGGUCUUUGCAAUGGAUGAUUCUGAUAGGCAGAUGCACAUAGUUUAUCUAGCUAAUGACAUUCUCUUCGACAGUUUACAACGAAGGACAAACUUGCACGAGUUUGACAAUGAAGCUCUUGCUUUCAGACCUAUUUUGGGUUCCAUGCUGGGGAGGAUUUACCACUUUCCACAAAACAAGGAAGAAAACCAGUCACGUUUGGAGAAGAUUUUGCAGUUUUGGGCUUCUAAGGAGGUUUUUGAUCAAGACACCAUCUCCUCUCUUGAGAAAGAGAUGAAAAGUGGACCACCUGCAAAUACCUUUUCUCAUUCUCCCAUUAUAGCAGCACAUGCCUUACAACGUCCAGGAAUGCUGCAACAGCCACCAAACAGUAAUGUCUCUAGCACAAUGAAUUUAGAGCAUCUGACUAAUCCGGUCGCAACCCAACAAUUUAUCCCAAAUGUGAUGCCUCCUGGUGCCUUUCCCGGUUCCAUACCGCUUAACGCUUCUGUUCCACCACCAACCCAACCACCUGCUGGUGAGAAGCCGCCUCCUUAUCCUCUCUUUCCUCCUGGUUUGAUCCCUGGGAUGGUCAGAAAGAUGCAGAUUGGUAGUGGUGUGCCUUACUCUCCAUUGAGCCCUCUUGAUAUCCCAACGGUCAUACCACCUUCUGAUACGCCUCAAUCUGAAGUACUCGAGAGAGUAUCUAAGUUCUUCAAAGAGAUAGGUGAGGUCAACCCAAGUGAAGGUCCCAUGGGAUCUGAAUCACAGGACGACUAUGAUAAUUAUGAGCGGGAUAGUCCACAGCGGAAAGGAGGUGCCUGCAUUCCUCCACCUCCCAAUCUACAGGUGGACCCCGAGACAGGAACAUAUGCGGAUGGAAGCACCGAUAAAAAGAGUGGAUCUGGGAGAUUGGGACUUGGGGCAACAGCUGAUCCCAACGAACCAACUCAGUACGAUGAUGUUUAUACAUCUUACAGGAAACACAGAAGUACGAAUUAUCACACAUCCAUGAGUGCAAGAGCUACAACCAGAUGAGAUUCUCCAGUUCUCAUCUUUUAAUGGCUAGUUCAGUCUGUUUAGGGUCGAGCCUUCUAGUGUCUAGUUGUUAAUGUGACAAAUGUGAUCUUCUCUCAGCUUUGAAAUAGAAUUAUCAUCACAUCGAUUCCAUUAAAUUUUGGAACUAAACCAUAAGUUUUUCCAAACAUAUUCCCUCUUUUCAAUCAGCAUCAGAUCUCUUAAUUAUUAGCUUAUUCUUCAUAGUUUCGCUUUGUUCAGUUGGUAUCAAAACCAUGUUGAUAAUGAAAUGUUUAUUUAGAAGCUAAACGAGCUGUUUGUGGGGCUCACCUUCUAAUAGAAGAAAAGGCAUAGCCACAUGGUUACUCGAUCCCAAGAGGGAAAGCUUUUGCAACAAUGGGAGCAUAAACUCAGUUAGCAUUUUCACAACCAAGCUCCAUGGGAAGAUCUUUUGGACCUAAAUAUUUUGGAACUUGUUCAUUCUUACUUUACAAAGCUCAGCUAAUUGAUACUCACUUUUCUUAAACGGCAUACAUUUCAUCACAUCACAACCAUCAUCUUCACUGUUACUCUAUUUGUCUGUCUUUUACAUAUUAGCAAGUUGAUGAAAUAUUGAUUGGCUGAUCCCAUAACAAACAAAAA